UGUGUGUGGUGGGGCUGGGGGGGGUGCUGAGGGGCUGGGUUCCUGGAUCUUUGGGUGCCAGUGUGAACAACAGGAGGGCAGCAGGCUGGACAUGAGGCACUGGGUCCUGGUGGGUAGAGGUGUGUCUGUCUGGGCCUGGCCCUGGCCCUGAGCCAGGCCUGAGUCACGGCACUCGUUCCCUCCUCCUCCCGCCUCUUCAUUCACCUCCGCACUGCGGCCAAGGGUGGCCCGCCCUGGUGCUGGCUGCUGCUUGUGGCCCUGGGCAGGCGUGAGAAGAGGGGCUAGGGGCUGCCUGUCCUGCCCCCACCCUGCCGGAGCCUCCCUCCCCCUCUACUGAGUCAGGCUUUAGGUUAAUUAUAACUCUGACCUAAGUGCCGUAUGACGCCCGGCCCAGCGGUCCUGCCCGGAGACCCAGCAACCAGGUCCAUGUCUUAGCCAUGAUCCCCGCGGACGUGCCCCUAUCCCACCUGGGCCCCUCAGUGCUGCUGCUGCUGCAGCUCCUGCUGCCUCCUGCAUCCGCCUUCUUCCCCAACAUCUGGAGCCUCCUGGCUGCCCCCGGCUCCAUCACCCACCAGGACCUGACAGAGGAGGCGGCGCUCAACGUCACCCUGCACCUCUUCCUAGAACAGCCGCCCCCAGGUCGGCCCCCCCUCCACCUUGAGGACUUCCUGGGCCGCACCCUCCUUGCCGACGACCUCUUUGCCGCCUACUUUGGACCUGGGUCUCCUUCUCGCCGGUUCCGAGCAGCCUUAGGAGAGGUGUCUCGUGCCAAUGCCGCCCAAGACUUCCUGCCAACUUCCAAGAAUGACCCUGACCUGCACUUUGAUGCCGAGCGGCUGGGCCAGGGCCGCACACGCCUGGUGGAGGCUCUACGGGAGACUGUGGCGGCAGCCAAAGCCCUUGACUAUACCCUGGCUCGCCAGCGCCUGGGAGCUGCGCUUCACGCCCUGCAGGAUUUCUACAGUCACAGCAACUGGGUGGAACUGGGGAAGCAGCAGCCACACCCUCACCUCCUCUGGCCGAGGCAGGAGCUCCGGAGCCUGGCACAAGUGGGCGAUCCUACCUGCUCUGACUGUGAGGAGUUGAGCUGCCCUGGGAACUUGCUGGGCUUCACACUCCUCACCUCUGGCUACUUUGGAACUCAUCCCUCCAAACCUCCAGGGAAAUGUAGCCACGGGGGCCACUUUGACCAGAGCAGCUCCCAGCCGCCACGGGGAGGCAUCAACAAGGAUAGCACAUCCCCAGGCUUCUCCCCUCACCACAUGCUGCACCCCCAGGCUGCAAAACUGGCCCUUCUGGCCUCCAUCCAGGCCUUCAACCUCCUACGAAGCCGUCUGGGAGACAGGGGUUUCUCCAGGCUGCUGGACAUCACCCCAGCCUCCAGCCUGAGCUUCGUCCUGGAUACCACAGGCAGUAUGGGUGAGGAGAUCAAUGCUGCCAAGAUCCAGGCCCGUCACAUUGUGGAGCAGCGACGGGGCACCCCCAUGGAGCCCACUCACUAUGUCCUGGUGCCGUUCCAUGAUCCAGGGUUUGGCCCUGUCUUUACAACAAGUGACCCUGACAACUUCUGGCAACAGCUCAAUGAGAUGCAUGCCUUGGGAGGUGGCGAUGAGCCAGAGAUGUGCCUGUCAGCCCUGGAGCUGGCUCUGCUGCACACACCUCCACUCUCAGACAUUUUUGUCUUCACUGAUGCCUCCCCUAAGGACGCCUUUCUCACCAACCGGGUGGAGUCUCUGACACAGGAACGGCGUUGCAGGGUUACGUUCCUGGUAACUGAGGACCCAUCUGGGGCUCAGGGCCGGGCCCGGCGUGAGGUCUUGUCCCCUCUGCGUUUUGAGCCAUACGAGGCAGUGGCUCUGGCCUCAGGAGGAGAAGUGAUUUUCACCGAAGACCAGUAUAUUCGGGAUGUGGCGGCCAUUGUUGGGGACAGUAUAGCUGACCUGGUUACCCUUCCCCUGGAGCCCCGUGUUGUGGUGGCUGAGAGGCCACUUGUGUUCAGAGUGGAUGGACUGCUCCAGAAUGUCACGGUCCGGAUCCAUGGGGAGGUCAGCAGUUUCUGGAUCAGAAACCCUGCAGGGGUCUCCCAGAGCCAGGAGGAAGGUGAGGGGCCUCUAGGUCACACUCGCCGAUUUGGGCGGUUCUGGAUGGUGAGCAUGAAUGACCCUCCACAGUCAGGAACCUGGGAGAUCCAAGUCACAGCCAAGGGUACCCCUCGGGUGAGAGUGCAAGGUAAGGAAGAUGAUAUUCCUGGGAAAGGGACGGGGAGACCGGAGAGCAGUAUCAGUCACAUUCAUCACGGGAAGGUCUCUGACUGCCUUCGCGCUCCUUUAGCCCAGACUUCCCUGGACUUCCUCUUCCACUUUGGGAUCCCCAUGGAGGAUGGACCCCACCCUGGCCUCUACCCCCUGACUCAACCAGUUGCAGGUCUCCAGACCCAGCUACUGGUAGAGGUGACAGGGCUGGGCUCCAGAGGAAACCCUGGAGGCCCUCUGCCGCACUUCUCCCAUGUGGUCCUCCGAGGGGUCCCGCAGGGUGCUGAACUGGGCCAGGUGCCUCUGGAGCCCAGGGGACCCCCAGAGCGAGGUCUCCUCGCUGCCUCGCUACCGCCCACCCUUCUGUCCACCUCGGGACCCUUCUCCCUGGAGCUGGUUGGCCAGGACGGAGUGGGGCGGGGCCUGCACCGGGCGGCCCCCCAGCCCUGUGCUGUAGUUCCGGUCCUGCUGGAGCUCAGUGGUCCCCCGGGUUUCCUGGCUCCAGGCACCACAGCCCUGCUCAGCCUCCGCAUCGCCAGCUUUUCGGGCCCUCAGGAUCUCCAUCUUAGGACAUCUGCCAAACCCAAUUUCGCCCUCACCUCCAACCUCUCCAGGGUUCACCUGGAACAGAACGAGUCCGCCUCGGGGCGCCUGUGGCUGGAGGUACCAGACACAGCCGCCUCUGACUCCGUGGUGAUGGUGACGGUGACUGCAAAGAAUGGAGAACCCAGCACGAUGCCCCCGACCCAUGCCUUCCUCCGGCUCCUGGUGCGGGCCCCUGCCCCGCAGGACCAGCUCCCUGCUCCUGCCUACUCGACUGACCCCAUCCUCAACACCUCCCGCCCUGCCUUCCAUUUUUCCACCUUGGUGACUCAGGGAGAAGCUGGGGGAGAGCUGGCGGGCCACCCCUGGUGGAUCACAUUUGGGGUGAUGCUGCUUCUGCUCGGCCUGGGUCCCUGAUGACGCAGCAGCCCCUGGAGGGAAGGGUCUCCAGCACUGUCACCAUCUUGCCCACUGGCGAGAAGAUAGGAGGGGCCUCUGCCUCUCCAGGUGGGAUAAGAGGUUUUCCUUCUCAUCCACUUGCCUUUUUU